CACUGCGCAUGCGCCGCAGUGAAACAAAUGAAUGUACCCUGAGCUGCUCAGCAUCCCUCUGUGACGACAAAGAGUCUGAUGCGCGGCGCGUGACGGUCAGACGGAACCACGUCCCGGUGGCAGUAGGUUCGGUACCGAGAGCGGAAACAUGAGCUGCAACUGGGGCACCGAGCUGUGGGACCAGUUUGAUAAUCUCGAGAAGCAUACCAGCUGGGGCAUUGACUUCCUGGAAAGAUACACCAAGUUUGUGAAAGAGCGAGCUGACAUAGAGCUGAGCUACGCCAAGCAGAUCCGGAGCCUCUCCAAAAAGUACCACCCAAAGCGGAGCAGAGAAGAGGAGAGCAGGUACACAUGGUGUUUGGCGUUUGCAGCAACUCUGCAGCAGCUGAAUGAAAUGGCAGCUCAGAGGGAGGAUUUGGCUGACAACCUUCACACACAGAUUGUCUGCGAACUGAUGAAGUAUACCCAGGAACUGAAGGCCGAGAGGAAAACACAUUUCCAAGAUGGCCGCCGUGCUCAGCAGCACAUAGAAAGCUCUUGGAAGCAGUUAGAAUCUAGUAAACGGCGAUUUGAGCGCGACUGCAAGGAGGCGGAGCGAGCUCAACACAUCUCAGACAGAAUCGAGCUGGACAAGGCGGACGGAGAAAAGCGCUGCUCUCUGAAGGCUCGCCAAACAGCUCAGCAGAAACAACAGGCUGCUGAGGAAUCCAGGAAAGAUUAUGUCACCAUUUUAAACCAGUUUAACAAGGACCAGCACCAGCACUACCGCACUCUGGUACCAGUCAUCUACCAGCGUAUUCAGGACAUGGAGGAGCGGCGCAUUGAACGAAUCGCUGAAGCGAUGCGUUUAUCUGCUGAGUCGGAAAGGAAAGUGCUUCCUGUGGCAAGUCGCUGCCUGGACGCCAUGAUGGACGCUGCUGAAAGCAUUCAGCCGAGGAAAGACACUGGCCAUGUUGUGGAGGUUUAUAAAUCCGGCUUCGACCCUCCAGGUGACAUUGAGUUUGAAGACUACAGCGCCACCAUGAGGCGGAGCAUCUCUGAAUCCAGUUACCUGGACAACCGGGCUGAAGGCCGGAGACAAAGCAGGAAGCUUUGGCCAUUUUUACGUAAAAAUAAGCUGUUGCAUCUCCUCUCAUCCCCAAGACAGCCACCGCCCCCUCCUCCCACCUCCCCCUCCCCUGGAGAGUUGGUCAACAGCUCCCAGUCACCGCCAACAGGCUCCAGAGAACCAAUCACACAGCGGCUCAGUGAUCUGAUGAGCUCUGGGUCCAGGACCAGGAAGCAGUGUCUGCGUAGCAUAAAGAGAGGGCUGUCCCUGAAGCUGGGCUCCAGCCUGACCGACUGCAGCCACCUUCCUCCUGAGCAGAGGCGCAAGAAGCUUCUGACCCGAAUAAACAACAUCAACCAGGAGAUCCAGAGAGAGCGAGAACAAAGAGACGCUCUGCUGAAAAUGAGGGAGGUCUAUGAACGAAGUCCACAGAUGGGAGACGCCAGAAGUUUGGACCCUCGACUGGAGGAGGUGAAGCUGAACCUCCAGAGACUUGAGGAGGAAUUGAGAAGGAACCAGGCAUGGCUCUCCGAGGCAGACGGCAGUCUGUCCGAUCACAGCAGUAGGAGACAGAGUGGAGGUUGUGGGUUGAACUCCCAGGCAACAACACCAGGCAGCAGCAGCUUGAAGCAUCUGAAUAACCGCAGCCCAGCCAGCAGAGAGAGCCCUGAUGGCAGCUACACUGAGGACCAAGGAGCCGAACUUCACUUCAAGUCUCGCAGUUCAGAGUUUGAUGACGACUUUGAUGAUGAAGAACCCUUACCAAGUAUUGGCACCUGCAAGUCUCUGUAUCCUUUCCAAGGUCAGAAUGAAGGAACGCUGUCCAUGGUGGAGGGGGAGCUACUUUCUGUUGUGGAGGAGGAUAAAGGUGAUGGUUGGACUAGAGUCCGCAGGAACCUGGAAGAGGAGGGAUAUGUUCCUACGUCCUACAUCAAGGUGUUCCUGGACAGCAGCGCUAAAGGCUUCGUGCAGAGCAGCCGUCUGGUGUAGCUCAUCAGGACAGACAUCAGGGGACGGCUUCCGAUUGGACAGACUAACUCCUCAGAUAUUUCAGCCAAUCAGCAGGCAGACGACAAUAAGAGAAGAGCAGAAGCUUCCUGACUGAACCCAAACUUACUGACCAGCCUCCGUCGGAUAAGAAAUUUUGGUUGACGAGUGAAAUGUAGAUAUAGUACAUCCAGAUGUUUCUGGGUAGAGCAGCUGGACCCGCCAUCAUCAGUGAAGAAACUGAAGCCAAUCCAUAAGAACCAUGAGAGGAGGAGGAGGAUCUGAGCUGGGACUGUGGAUCAGCGGAUCUGAACAGAUAGUUCUGUAAAUAUGAGCCAAUGGAGACCCAGCUGCCUGCGCUGCUCCACCUAUGAAGGAGCUUCCUCCUCUUCCUCCACUCACUCAUCAAUAUAUUCAUGCUGUGAAAUGUGGAAGUAUUGAUUUAAUAAUUAGCCAACUGACAAGUUAUUCAUUGAAUGAUUUUUUUUUUAUGCGUCUUUAAAGUUCAAACCUUUUUAACUUCCUGUAUGUGAAACCUUCAAAAUAAAGUCCACUUUGAGUUGA